UGUGCCGGUGCCGCCCAGCCGGGGCUGAGGAGCGCGGCGUGGCUAUCGCGAUACUUGCGCGGUCGGGACGCCAUCCUGCCCAUCUUCGUUGCGUAGGUUUCGAGCCCGCCGGCCGGUUGGAAGUGAGGAGGAGCUUCCUUCUUGGCAGAAGCUCCUGCCGGGGCACGUCGAGGGGUGUGCGAGGGUCUCCUGGGGUUUGGUUUAAGUAAAAGAUGGACUGGAGUGGAAAACAUAAUGGGCCAAACGAUACAACUAAUGAUGGAACAGUGGUACGACUUCGAGGCCUGCCAUUUGGUUGCAGCAAAGAAGAGAUUGUUCAGUUUUUCCAAGGGUUGGAAAUCGUGCCAAAUGGGAUAACAUUGACGCUGGACUACCAGGGGAGAAGCACAGGGGAGGCCUUCGUGCAGUUUGCUUCAAAGGAGAUAGCAGAAAAUGCUCUGGGGAAACACAAGGAAAGAAUAGGGCACAGAUACAUUGAAAUCUUCAAAAGUAGUAAGAGCGAAAUCAGAGGAUUCUGUGACAUGCCAAGACGGAUGAUGGGACAACAACGACCCGGACCAUAUGAUAGACCAUUAGGAGGAAGAGGGGGUUAUUAUGGAGCUGGGCGUGGAAGUAUGUAUGACAGAAUGCGUCGAGGAGGUGGUGGAUAUGACGGUGGAUAUGGUGGCUUUGAUGAUUAUGGUGGUUAUAACAACUACGGCUAUGGAAAUGAUGGCUAUGAUGACAGAAUGAGAGAUGGGAGAGGCAUGGGAGGACAUGGCUAUGGUGGAGCUGGAGAUGCAGGGUCAGGUUUCCAUGGUGGCGGUCAUUUUGUUCACAUGAGAGGACUGCCUUUUCGAGCAACAGAAAAUGAUAUUGCUAAUUUUUUCUCACCAUUGAAUCCUAUAAGAGUUCACAUUGAUAUCGGGGCAGAUGGAAGAGCCACAGGAGAGGCAGAUGUGGAAUUUGUAACACAUGAGGAUGCAGUAGCUGCCAUGUCCAAGGAUAAAAAUCAUAUGCAGCAUCGAUAUAUUGAACUAUUCCUGAAUUCAACUGCUGGAGGUGGUUCUGGAAUGGGAGGCUAUGGCAGAGAUGGAAUGGAUCAAGGUUAUGGCUCUGUUGGUAGAAUGGGAAUGGGUAGCAAUUACAGUGGCGGAUAUGGAACUCCUGAUGGCUUGGGCGGAUAUAGUCGUGGCAGUGGAAAUAGUGGAGGAUACUAUGGGCAAGGCAGUAUGGGUGGAGGAGGAUGGCGUGGAAUGUAUUGAAGGGUAGCCUUGCUUCUACAAAACAUCCUGGAAGAAACAGUCUCUGGUCUACUAGACUUUCUUACAAAAUUUAAUUUCUUUUGUAUUUUAAGAACUUUAUAAUGACUGAAGGAAUGUGUUUUCACAAUAUUAUUUGGUAAGCAACAGAUUGUGAUGGGAAAAUCUGUUUUCUGUAGGUUUUAUUUGUUGCAUACUCUGACUUUAAAUAAAUUUUUAUAUUCAAACCACUGAUGUUGAUACUUUUUAUACUAGUUACUCCUAAGGAUGUAUUACAUAUUCAAGACUACAGUCGGUUUAAGAUGUUGUACUAUGGUUCAAUAAAGGUGGUUGUACUGUAACUCCUAUGAACACUGAUUCAGUUCUAUGUAAUCUUGGUGUAGUGAAUGAGUUUGGAAAAUUCACUUGUUUAAGGGGGAAAGGGUAGAUGAAUAGAUUGGUUUAUUUGGCAACAGUCUUUCCUAAACCCUUUUGAUAAGUUGUAUGUAAUAAUCUCAACACAGUGUAAAGCUGUGGAGGCUAAGUCAUCGUUCUGGCUUUCUUCCUUGUACUACCAGAAUCUGCCAUCAUCUUCAAAUGCACAACUGCAUAAACGAGUAGUGCCCAAGGUUUGUGCCUCCCCAAAACCAAGCAACGAUAUUUAUUUCCAUGCUUUGCUGUAGCACCCUAGAUACUACUGCAUUUCACACGUGUAACUUGCAAAGCAAACUAAAACACUAGCACAGCUUUAAGCUAACAUGAAAUGGGUCAAAUACUAGUUAAUUUGAAGUGAUCUAUGUAGUAUUUUUUUUCACAAAUGCUGCUUUUGGGAAGAGCGGGGGAUCUGGAAGCAAGUUAGACUUUUUUUCCUUCAUGAAAUUGUAUUGAAACAUGAUUCGGUCUUUUUUUGCUGCACAGAGCUGAUUUGUCUGUAUUUGUUCGAAACUUGACAAGCCAUUCUAUGGAUGAGCUCGUUAGAAGCAAAGUAUCUCUAAAAUAACUAUAAGCCCAGUACUUGUUAAAUAACACACAACCCAAACACGUUGAUAAAACUUUUUGUGCAUUUGUGACAUGUAAGAUAUGUAAGAAACUAUUGUUUGAAGACACUUAACAUACCUGAUGUGUAAUGAAAAAAGGUAUUUAUUCUUCUGAGCCAGUGUGAUCUCCCAAAUUUAACUGCUUUGUCCUCAAUGCCUCCCUUAAAAUGUCAAAUGUGAUCUUGGGUAUUAAAAGUCUGUCACCUGUUUUGCUAGUACUGUGUUACCUAUGUAAUAAAUGUCUUAUUGUGGGA